GACUUAUCCAGAGGGAUUUGGUCGGAAGCUCCUGUCGGCAUAUGUUGCCUCCUCCCGCCGCCCCUUCCGGGCCGACCUUCGCCGGAGAUUCCAAGUGCCUGGCACGAGUGAUGUUGAAGCUUUCAAAGCAUACCCUUUGAACCGUGAUCAGUGGGAGGACGCCAGAUUGCAAGAGGUCUAUAACUACAUUCGGGCCUACAAACACCUGGUGGUCCCAGAGGCUUGGAGUGAGGCCAUGAUUGACUUCGACCUCCAGUAUUCAAAUCUCAUG